AUGUGCCAUGAAGCACUUAAGUAUCUGAAGAAAGGGGGACCAGGGAAGAGCCCAUCUACUGGCGGAAUAAUCAUAAACAUCAGUGCAACCCUGCAUUACACAGCAACUUGGUAUCAAAUCCAUGUUUCUGCAACCAAGGCAGUUGUUGAUAGCAUAACUAGGAGCUUGGCAUUGGAGUGGGGAACAGAUUAUGAUAUAAGAGUGAAUGGGAUUGCACCCGGACCCAUUGAUGACACUGCUGGUCUAAGUAAACUUGCACCUGAGGACGUAGUGAGAAAGGCAAAAGAGCAUGAGCCUCUAUUUAAACUGAGGGAGAAAUGGGAUAUUGUUAUGGCUGCCGUGUACCUUGCAUCUAAAUCCUUGUCCAUGUGA